GGUUUCCUCUCGCAGUCUCAUCUCAUGACACACUGAGCUCUCUCUGUGUGGGAGGGCGGUCCAUGAUGAUGAGCCUGCUAGCGCCCGUACAGCAGGCUAGUAGCUGUGCGGAGCUAGCGUGCUACCAAACUGAGCAGUUUAUUUUCGGGACAGCACGAUGAAGAACAUCAUGAAGUAUUACAGACUUAUUCCACUACAGCAUAUUGACAACAUCAGCGGGAGCUAGGGGCGUCUCUUCUCCGCCACAGCGGGUCUGUGCCGACCCCUCCGUGUCAUUGUUCGGAUGGACUAACGUUAGAGCUAGCGCCGCUGCUUGAGACUUCCCGAGCGGGCACGAAUGGGAUUCACUCAGCUAGCCGUUGCUAAUGGUUGUGCUGGCAGACUAGCUUCGCGGCUAACCGGUUGGCGUUAGCUAGCUGACACAGUUGGUUGACAUCGCUCAUCUCGUAAUUACCGGGCUCCUGAAAUAGCGGAUUAGUUAGCACAACCAUGCCUCCCAGGCCCUCCUCAGGAGAACUAUGGGGGAUGCACUUGAUGCCCCCCAACAUCCUAGUGGACUGCCUUCUGCCAAAUGGCAUGAUUCUCACGUUGGAGUGCCUCCGGGAGGCCACGCUGAUCACAGUCAAGCAUGAGCUUUUCAAAGAGGCCAGGAAGUACCCUCUUUACCAUCUGCUGCAGGAGGAGAGCUCCUACAUCUUUGUCAGCGUCACCCAAGAGGCAGAGCGGGAGGAGUUUUACGACGAGACCAGGAGGUUGUGCGAUCUCAGGCUUUUUCAGGCCUUCCUCAAAGUCAUCGAGCCAGUGGGCAACAGAGAGGAGAAAAUUCUUAACAGAGAGAUAGGUUUUGCCAUUGGAAUGCCUAUAUGUGAGUUUGAUUUGGUGAAAGACUCAGAAGUGCAGGACUUCAGAAGGAACAUUUUAAAUGUUUGCAAAGAGGCCGUGGACCUCAGAGACAGUAACGGACCCCACAGCAGAGCUUUGUACGUGUAUCCUCCCAAUGUAGAAUCCUCCGCAGAACUUCCCAGGCACAUCUAUAACAAGCUAGAUAAAGGUCAAAUCAUUGUGGUGAUAUGGGUUAUUGUGUCACCCAGCAAUGACAAGCAGAAGUACACCCUGAAGAUCAACCAUGACUAUGUGCCGGAGCAGGUGAUUGCCGAAGCCAUCCGUAAGAAGACACGUAGCAUGCUGCUCUCCCAGGAGCAGUUAAAGAUGUGUGUGCAGGAGUAUCAGGGAAAGUACAUCCUCAAAGUCUGCGGCUGUGACGAGUACUUGCUGGAGAAAUACCCUCUGAGUCAGUACAAGUAUGUGCGCAGCUGUAUCAUGCUGGGAAGGAUGCCCAACUUGAUGCUAAUGGCAAAAGACAGCCUGUAUUCCCAGCUGCCCAUGGACACUUUCACCAUGCCGUCAUAUGCGCGGCGUAUAUCCACAGCAACGCCCUACAUGAAUGGGGAAACAGCCACAAAGUCUCUCUGGACUAUCAACGGAACGCUGAGGAUCAGGAUACUGUGUGCCACUUACGUCAAUGUCAACAUCAGAGACAUUGACAAGAUCUACGUCAGGACGGGGAUAUACCACGGUGGAGAGCAGCUGUGUGACAAUGUCAACACUCAGCGCGUGCCCUGCUCGAACCCCAGGUGGAAUGAGUGGCUGAACUACGACAUGUACGUUCUAGACAUCCCCCGUGCUGCCCGGCUCUGCCUCUCCAUCUGCUCUGUGAAAGGAAGGAAAGGGGCGAAAGAGGAGCACUGUCCUCUGGCCUGGGGCAACAUCAACCUGUUUGACUACACCCACACAUUAGUAUCAGGGAAGAUGGCUCUCAACUUAUGGCCUGUCCCACACGGCCUGGAAGACCUGCUCAACCCAAUCGGUGUCACGGGCUCCAACCCCAACAAGGAAACACCUUGUCUGGAGCUCGAGUUUGACCAUUUCAGUUGCCCUGUCAAGUUCCCCGAUAUGGCCAUCAUCGAGGACCACGCAAACUGGAAUAUAUCCAGAGAGCUUGGCUUUAAUUACUGCCACACCGGUUUGAGUAACAGACUGGCGCGUGACAACCCCCUGACUGACAGCGACAAUGAGCAGCUACGCCAGGUGUGUAACAGAGACCCGCUGUCUGAAAUCACUGAGCAGGAGAAAGACUUUCUGUGGAGGCACAGACAAGACUGCCUCAACAUGCCAGAGAUCCUCCCCAAGAUCCUCCUGGCUGUGAAAUGGAACUCCAGAGAUGAGAUUGCACAGAUGUAUUGCCUCCUGAAGGACUGGCCUGCUAUCAAGCCAGAGCAAGCCAUGGAGUUGCUGGAUUGCAACUUCCCUGACCCUAUGAUCAGAGAGUUUGCUGUAAAGUGCCUUGAGAAAUACCUAACUGAUGACAAACUCUCACAGUACCUCAUUCAACUGGUUCAGGUUCUAAAGUAUGAGCAGUACCUUGACAACCCGCUUGCACGCUUCCUGCUAAAAAAGGCAUUAACCAAUCAAAGGAUAGGACAUUUCUUCUUCUGGCAUUUAAAGUCAGAGAUGCACAACAAGACAGUCAGCCAGCGGUUCGGCCUGCUGCUCGAGUCGUACUGCCGGGCCUGUGGCAUGUAUCUGAAGCACCUGAGCAGACAGGUGGAGGCCAUGGAGAAACUCAUCAAUCUCACUGACCUCCUCAAACAGGAGAAGAAAGAUGAGGCGCAGAAGGUUCAAAUGAAGUUUCUGGUGGAGCAGAUGAGAAGGCCUGAUUACAUGGACGCCCUGCAGAGCUUCACCUCCCCACUGAAUCCAGCACAUCAGCUGGGAAACCUCCGCCUGGAGGAAUGCAGGAUGAUGUCAUCAGCCAAGCGGCCUCUAUGGCUUAACUGGGAAAAUCCAGAUAUGAUGUCAGAACUGCUCUUUCAGAACAACGAAAUCAUUUUCAAAAAUGGAGAUGAUCUGAGGCAGGACAUGCUGACGCUGCAGAUCAUUAGGAUAAUGGAGAACAUCUGGCAGAACCAAGGCCUUGAUCUCAGGAUGUUGCCAUAUGGUUGUCUGUCAAUCGGCGACUGUGUGGGUUUGAUUGAGGUGGUGAGGAACUCUCACACCAUCAUGCAGAUCCAGUGUAAAGGUGGCCUAAAGGGGGCACUGCAGUUCAACAGCCACACACUGCAUCAGUGGCUCAAGGAUAAGAACAAGGGAGAGAUGUAUGACCAGGCCAUAGAUCUGUUCACACGGUCAUGUGCAGGCUACUGUGUAGCCACGUUUAUCCUGGGCAUAGGGGACAGACACAACAGCAACAUCAUGGUCAAAGAUGAUGGACAGCUGUUCCACAUAGACUUCGGCCAUUUCCUUGACCACAAAAAGAAGAAGUUUGGGUACAAGAGAGAGCGCGUGCCCUUUGUGCUCACACAGGACUUCUUGAUCGUUAUUAGCAAAGGAACUCAAGAGUGCACCAAAACAAGGGAGUUUGAAAGGUUCCAGGAGAUGUGUUACAAGGCGUACCUGGCAAUCCGGCAGCACGCCAAUCUCUUCAUCAACCUCUUCUCCAUGAUGCUGGGCUCCGGGAUGCCUGAGCUGCAGUCGUUCGACGACAUCGCUUACAUUAGAAAGACGCUGGCUUUGGACAAGACGGAGCAGGAGGCCCUGGACUACUUCAUGAAGCAGAUGAACGAUGCUCACCAUGGCGGCUGGACUACCAAGAUGGACUGGAUCUUCCACACAAUCCGCCAGCACGCCAUGAACUGAAAUGACGCGAGAGGGGAGUAAAGGACUGCGGAGACAACAGCACACUAAGAACCAAAAGAAUAGUGAGAGGAGAGCGAGGUAUUUUCCCCAAACACACUAAGGCCUGGUUAAUACGUCUGCCAGCGUGUGACUCUGAAACAUUACCUGCCAGCACACCACAUAAUAAGGGUGCUCAGAAGGGCCUAUUUCAGGGACAUGAUGCUUAAAUGCUCCUGUUUCUGCAGGUUUCUGAAUCUCUCCUCCCUGCACUAUGAACUAAGGCAGGGCGGAGUGUCAUCAGUCUUCUUCAUAGGAACUAAAGUGUAAUGGACCUCAACAAUGUUGACAGAUUUUUAUUUUUCUUAUUUUUUAUUCCUUUCAGUACAUCUACAACCAUCAGCAUUAAGAAAGGAACAUCAUGAAGUGGUGUACCAUGAGCACAGCGGGCUUUUUCUAAGGAUGACCUGACAAAAGUGUAUCUGCUUUAUUUCCACUACCUAUUUUGAACUGAUGAAGACGGGGGGGAGAUAUCGGCGCACACAGCCAGGCCAGCUGAGACAGAAUGAAAGGGACAAUGAGGAGCUGGUGUGUGCCCACAAAAAUCAUAUUACCCUCCUUUACAAUCAUAAAAAUCAAUCACCAACACUAUACCACAGGACUGACAGAGGACGUGUUGUUAAACACUUAGCUAGCAUUUAACGCUUUUGGAGCAACUGAACUUAUUUGUAGCCUACGGAUGACGUGUUCUCAGUUUAGAAAUCACGCCAGAUAACUGACUUUUGUACAGCAGUAUAUCCAUAGACUUGUAUGCAUUCGGUGCACAUAUUCCUUUUUGAGUCUAUUUUCUACUGAGCCAAAGUACUAGAUGUGUAACCCCUCUACUCAGCAGUCUUAUUGUAAAAAAGAAAAAUAGUCACUACUAUUCCAAGUCUCUCGUGUGUACUCAUAGCACUGAUCUCUGCAGUAUUUGUUUUGUUUCGUCUAUCAGUAUUAUCAUGCGUCCGGCGUCGAGGCACAAAUGUCCGUCGUCCACCCCACACAGUCGGACCAGAGAAAACCUUUCUGACGGUCAGCCGUUUAGGAGGUUAUGAAUUGUGAUAGGGUUGGGUACCGUUCACAUUUUACUCGGUACCGAUACCCAGCAGUACCUUUUUUACUCUUCUCUAUUCACAUGUAGAGCUAAGUAUCUGUCUUAGCUCUACCGUGUGCCUGUGUGUGUGUCUGCCCGUCUCUCUCACGCUCUUUUUAGAAUAAGUAAGCAAUUAAAAAAAAUCCACCUCAAACGGCAGUGUUACAAGGCUAUUUCUAAAAUAAAAUAAAAAGGAAAACAAACCAGACCAAACUGUCUGGUUUGGUCUGGUUCUGAACUGCUGGCUUUGCGCAGCCUGUCUCAGUCGCGAAAUGGCACGUAGCCGGGAAGUUGGCCGAGGAGUUUGUGGGCAGCUUCCUGGCUUCAGAUCACUUUGCGGCACUUCUGACUCCUUAAAGAACUUACCAGCUUCACAAAGGUCUGUUGUCUUUGAUGUAAAGCACCCUUGACGUGAGCAGCCGGCCAAGGAUUCAUGCAGGUGGCUUGCUGGUUUCGGCUUACUUAGGGGCACUUCUGCUUCCUUACUUAACCCACUGGCUUUGCGGAGCUUGUUGUCUCCAGAGCAGUUAUCUCCAUUGCAAAGCGCAUGAUGCCAGGCAGCCAGCCGAGGAGUUCCAUGGGCAGAUUCCUGGGUCUGACUCGCUUAGCUGCACUUUCGCCUCCUUUCUGAACCCACUGGCUUUGCAGAGCUUGUUGUCUCUGCUGCAAAACGCCACAAAGUUGGGGAACCGGCAUAGUUCGUAGCAGCUUCCUGACACUUUGUGCCUCUUCUGCCUCUUUGCUUAACCUUCUGGCUCAGAGCUCCUUUUGUUGGCUGCAAAGCACCCUGAAGCAGGAAAGCCAGUCAGGGAGUUCUGUGGGUGGCUGUCUCGGGGCGCUUUGCUGUGCUUCGGCCUGGUGUUUUCAUCCAGGUGUGCUCUUAGUUACCAUAAUUUGGCACAGAUUGAUUCAAAGUGAAUCUGUACUUGUCAGUACCGAUGUAAUUCAGUCUGUACAUGUAGAAGUAGAGUGCGGUACCCAACCCUAUAAUUCAGCUGUUAAAGGCAAAGAACGCAGGGGGAAGAGAAUGUGUAGUGUUCCUUUUGUGUGCUGUGCUGUUACACUAUGCAAGUUGUGAUCCUAAUAUGUACUGUAUCCUGCAAAAAAAAAAAAAAAAGAUGUCAGAGUAAGGCAGAGAGAGAAAUGCAUCUCCCCCGACAUACUCACACAGACAAGCGUGUCAGUGAACUUCGUACAGACGGUACAUGGAAGACAGAAAAAAAAUGCUGCACUGUAACAGAAUCGUCUACUUCUUCCCGACAAAAAGAACUGUGAGAAACGCCUUUGGACCCUGCCUUUCGCUUCUCCUUACCAGGUUUAUAUUCGGAGCUUCAAUCUAAGCCAUCUGUAAAAUGUUUGAUGAGUUGAGUUUCGCUCCUGUCCUCUUGUUCUCAGAUAAUUGAAGACAGACUCACGUUCGCCAUAUGGUCCCUGAUCGUGACAUCCAGGUAAAGAAAAGCAACCGAAGUGAAUUUUUAUUUUUUCAACCUUCCAAGUGUCUUUCUUCCCUCCUCUUUUCCUACGAUUGUCACCCUUAUGUGUGGAAGAACAGUCUUUGCAGGUUCGCUAGCUGCACAGACGCAUACGUAAGAGGUCAGUAGAUGUUCCAGCUUUACCAAAUGAUACACCACGGGGCGGUUUCCUGGACACUCAAGUCCGAAUUUUUUUUUUUUUUUUCUGUACAUGGGUAAGGACUUCAAAAUGCUCAGGAAACCGAUCCUACUGAGAUGCAUGUGCUUCUGUACAGGCUACAGAGCAGUGGGCCGGACCCAAACUGAGAAAACUAGACCCUGUAUACUUUAUGGAAGAACUCUCUAGAUGAUGCUAUUUCCCUUUGUACUUUGUUUUCUGUUUCUCACACUGCAUUAUGCAUGAGGUCCUCGAAUAUCUACCUUUUUGUUUGUUUGUUUGACCUGAUGUUGUUUACUUGAAUUUCAUGUAUAGAAAUGACCUUGUUACUUGUGUGAGGUACAACAAAGUCACAAUGAAGGUAACAGAUACUGAUAACUGCUACUACAUGUGCAAAUGCUUUCCUUGAAUAACUACAGAGGUAAUAUAUUUUUGUAUUUUUAAAUGUACGCAAACUCAUAUAUGUAAACUGCUAACCAAAAAAACAAAACAAAGGAGGAAUCAUGCAUAACGUGCACCAUCCUCAUACAAAACCCAGUAGACAGCUUCUAGUUGUUGAAAUGAUAUGAAUGACAGAGCAGAGGUGGAUCGUUUGAAUGAAGGACAAGGACUUGAUGCUGUUGUCAGAGUACGAUCUUUACGUCGAGUGGAGAUCUCUUGCCGUAAGUGGAAGUCUGUAAGCACAAUAAGGAGGAAGAAGCUACCCUGCAUGUUUUAAAAACCAGAUCCAUAUGUUAGUUAUAUAUCCAUCUGUAUAUAUAUCUCAUAAAACCUCUUCAAAUACUUGUUUUAGUCAACCUCAUUAUGAUCAUGUCUGAUAAACUGUAUGCAUUCAUUUAUUGUACUGUUGAAUAAAAACAUUUCUCCCUAUAUAAAUACAUCACCAGGUGGUUUAAU